ACUAAAAUGGGAAGAGCUGAGUGUGGAUAUUGGACGUUUUAAAGAAUGGUAAUUCUUGUUAAUGGUAAAGGGAAGAUACGAUUAGUUCGAAUUUUGAGUUAUUUUAAAUGUUAAGUUUAAGUCAGUUUUUUUGUUUAGCCACGGGGCUGUUGGAUUAUAAAGUUUCUUCUUCUUCUCGGUGUGUUUGUUUUGGAGGCGUGAGGUACUUUAAAAGGGAAGAAAACACUCUGGUUGUGCAGAAAGACAGCUUGAGCAGCACCCCAACCCUCUGUGUCUGACAGCUAAGAGCUUUGACAUCUUUUUUGACUGCUGAUCUACCGUGCAUCUCACUGGAGGAGUCAGCUAAAAGGGCAGUUUGAGAACUGGUAACUAUGGUUCCAGAAAUUAGAUUUUUUCCUGACUAUGAGAGGAAUAGAUGAAACGUCUAAGAAGAUCUAAUCCUAGGGUAAGAGGAUGGGGAAGCAGAACAGCAAGCUUCGUCCUGAGGUGAUCAAUGACCUUCGUGAGCACACAGAAUUCUCUGAACAUGAACUCCAAGAGUGGUAUAAAGGUUUUCUGAAAGACUGCCCUACAGGGCAUUUAACUGUUGACGAAUUUAAGAAGAUAUAUGCAAAUUUCUUUCCUUAUGGUGAUGCUUCAAAAUUUGCAGAACAUGUUUUUCGUACAUUUGAUACCAAUGGAGAUGGGACUAUUGACUUCCGGGAAUUUAUAAUUGCUCUGAGUGUAACUUCUCGAGGGAAGCUUGAACAGAAGCUACAGUGGGCUUUUAGUAUGUAUGAUCUCGAUGGAAAUGGUUAUAUCAGCCGUGCUGAAAUGCUUGAAAUUGUACAGGCAAUAUACAAGAUGGUGUCAUCUGUGAUGAAAAUGCCAGAAGACGAAUCUACUCCAGAAAAACGAACAGAUAAGAUCUUCAGGCAGAUGGACACAAACAAUGACGGCAAACUCUCACUUGAAGAAUUUAUCAAAGGUGCCAAGAGCGAUCCUUCCAUUGUACGAUUGCUACAAUGUGAUCCAAGCAGUGCAAGUCAGUUCUAAAUGGACACUGUGUGGACAGUUGCAGUGGCUUGUCAUUCAAGCUUUGCUUGCUAUUGGAUGCCUUCUGAAUCAUUCCUCAGUCGUCUGCGAAUGUAAAUCCAUUGCCAGAUGAUGUGGUCUAUCAACGUGGAGACAGCAUUGCGCUUUCUGCAUAAACAUACGUUUUAACUUUGCUUUUUUCAAAUGAGUUUUUCAAAAGCUAAACUGGUUUAUAUAAUGAUAUAUUGAGUAAUUUAAAUUGUUUACAUCUAGAUAUGGAAAGCUUAUCUUACAUAUAUUGUAUCUGACGUUUUUGCAAUUCCCUCAGAUUAACACAGAGUGUUAAUAGAUUGUAUUAUGUGGUAGGAGAAGCAGUAAGCUUUUCUAACAUAGUGUAUCUUGGUUCAUUUAUAGUCUUACGUUUUUCCCCCAGAUCCUUUUUUUCUUAAGAGAUUAUUUGCCUGCAUGUAUCAUUCGAUAAAGUUUAUCCACUCUUUGUAUAAAUGUAUGUGUACAAGGUGAUAUAAAGUUAUAUGUAUUGAAUGCAGUAUUUCACCCUUUUUUCUAGCAUUUUGUUACUUUUUCAUUGAAGCUUGACUGGCGUAUGCUGUCUUUGUGAUGUUUAACCACUUGUGGAUCGCUGUCAGAGCCCUAGUCACUUGCUGCAUGUAAAGAAUAGAAGUUCUGUGGAUACUACUUCUGUUCAAUAAAAUAUUGAAUGUAAUGCUUUAGUUGUCCCAACAAAAAUGAACCCUUUUUAUAUAAUUUGUAUUUCAAAGCUAAAUGUUAUUGUAAUAUGUAAAGGGAUAGAAGAGGACGAUCUCACAACGGCACUCGCAGCUCAGCUGCAACAAGUGAGGAAGAGGGAGGCGGAAAGACUUGGAAUUAGCACUACAUGGUCUUUUGAGGAUAAAUUUGUUAUGCCCCUUUAUGUUUUCUGUUUUUGAUGUUUAUAUAACAUAUAUCUAUAUAAAAAUAUUGUGCAUUUCAGUGUUACUUGAUAUUAUUAUCGACCACCUGCUAAGAAACCAUGGAAAUAGUCCUUUUUGUCAGCAUCAAGCAUGUUUUGUUGAAUUAAAAUUGAAAUGAAUCCA